AGAAGGUGCUGUGAAAGCUGUCUGCGUAGUGCCUGAUUAAAAUUCAUAUCCGGGUGCUUUUUAAGUUGUUUUCACCAAGAUUUGGAAUUAUUUCAUUUUAUAUUCUUACAGGAAGUGUAACUUUUAGACUAUUUUGUUUUUUAGUUAAAAAGAAUACACAAAUAUGUUUUCGUAUGUUUCUUUUUGGUCUGGACUUUUAGGCACUCGAUCACGAGGCCCAUCGUGCGGAAAAGUCCCGGGGAAGUGAUUAUCACCGGAACAAAACAACUCGAUUAACUUACAGCUCUAAUUGAUAAGAUUAAGUAGUUUGUCGAUAAUAAAAGGCAGCCGAGUUACAGCUAAGACAAAAUGUCGUCGGAGGAAUUCGAAAAGUUGCACGAAAUCUACAGAUCACUGUAUGAUGAGCUAAAGCUAAUGCCAGAGAGAGCUCUGGGAUGCUAUGGAGAGGAGAGGAAGAGGUUGGUGAGGACCUUCGAUGAGAGGCAGGGGGAGGCUGAGGAAGUGUUGCAAGGAAUGGAAGAAGAGCUGCGCGCUGCCCCUCCCUCAUACAGAAAUGCUAUGAGUACAAAGCUGCGCAUGUUCCGCCGGGAUCUGGGCAAACUCCAGAGGGACAUGAAGACCUUAGCUCCUGCGUUUGGUUCUUCUAAACCUCCAGGGGAAGGAAAUCAUGGCAUCUAUUCGUCACAAAACCAACAGAGUACUCACCUGCAAUCUCAGAGAGCCUUGCUGCUCCAGGGCACAGAGUCUCUGAACAACGCCAGCCAGAGCAUUGAGCGAAGUCAGCGCAUCGCCAACGAGACGGAGCAGAUCGGCACAGAUAUCAUCGAGGAGCUGGGAGAGCAGAGGGAACAGCUGGACCGCACCAGAAACAGAUUGGUGAAUACUGGAGAAAACCUCAGCCGAAGUAGAAAAAUUCUUCGUUCCAUGUCACGGAAGCUGAUGACGAAUAAGUUGCUGUUAGGUGUCAUCAUUUUGAUGGAGUUGGCCAUUCUUGGUGCUGUGAUUUAUCUGAAGUUCUUCCGAUGAUCAAAAUUUUACGAUCUGGGAAGAGUCUGCGCUUUGGAUCCAGCGCAAACCCGGACUCUCAACAUCUGUCUCCACUGACUGUCCAGUAGCAAUAAUGUUCUUCUGCUGUAUUCAGCCAACAGUCUCUGUAAGUGAAUAUGAGGACAAUGACUCAGUCGUAAAGUGAACCUUCUCUGAGAGGGGGAUUCCGUCCAUGGGCAGGUGAAGUUCAUUUGACAAGAACCCUUGAAUUGACCAAACCUGCUGAAACUCCAUGGACAAACUGUGAACUGAGAUUUGCACUGUUUUAUCAGACUUUUAAUGCCAAUGAUGCCCUGCAGAAUGAUUUGCAGGACUCACGUGUUGAUGGCCACGGACCUCAGACAUGAUUCUUUGUAAGGAUUUGUUCAGCCAUGAACAUGAUCAGCUUACACCUGCAUGUGUAGACUCUCCGGUGACAGAAUUGUUACUGGUAGACACAGCAGCAGUUCUGUGAAGUUUCUAAUUCGCAGAAUGGGAUACUUUAUUAUUCCCCAAACAAAUAUAUUGUCUGUUAACAGUAUGUGGUGAAAUGACACAGAGUUUUUGUUGUGCCAUCCUGCCCAGUAUCCAAAUGGUUGUUUUAAGCUAAUUCUUCUGAUUCUUAGUUCUGAAACCUGAGGCCAAAAAAAAUGACCUCUUUUUAGCAGUUAAUAAUGUUGUCUAAUCACUGUAUUAUAUAAAAUCACGGUUGCGAUUAGGCUUCAGUCUGCACAUCAUUAAAUCUAAUCUUUAACCUCA